CGAGUAUUAUAAAUAUUAUAAGUAUAGUGAUUUUUGACUAACUUAUUGUAACUUUUUUAUAUCACAUACCGUUGAAACAUUAAUAAGUUAUUGAUAUGCAAGCAAUUAAGUGUGUAGUAGUUGGUGACGGAGGUGUGGGUAAAACAAGUCUAUUAAAGUGUUAUACGACGGACAAACUCCUCGACGACCUCUAUAACGGUUGGACGGCCUAUAUUUCUGACUAUUAUUCCGCUAAUGUGAUAGUCGACGGAGAGUCCGUUAAUCUAGACCUCUGGGAUACGAUUGGUCAGGAGGACUACGACCGACUGCGGCCCCUAUUAUACCGGCAAACCGACGUUUUUCUCAUAUGCUAUUCGGUGGACAACCCGUCGUCCUUUGAAAACGUACGGAUCAAAUGGUAUCCGGAAGUGCGACACCACUGUCCCGACAAACUCAUUAUACUGGUGGGCACUAAACUGGACCUCCGGGACAAUCCAGAAACACUAUACAAGCUUAAGGAACGUAAACAGACACCCAUUACUUACCCCCAGGUCCUGGCCAUGACUAAGGAUAUCGGCGCCGUUAAGUACUUGGAGUGCUCGACCCUCACAGGGGAAGGCCUUAAGGAUGUGUUCAAUGAAGCCGUACGUGCCGUCCCAUGUCCUCAGGUCAAGCCUAAUAAAAGGAAGCACUGUGUUGUACUAUAAGCAAGAUCAUUAAUUUGACAUUAACCCUUUACAGUAUUUUAGCUAUUUAGAAACUAAAUUAUUAAAAAUUUAAGUUUAAAAAUACAAAUUAUAUGAUUUAAUGGAGACAUUUUAUUAAU